CUAUAAGACUAUUUUUGUAGGGAAUAGCAGUUAAAAAUAUAUUGUAUUUCAACCUUUAAUAUAAAAUUAGACUUAGGAAAGCCAAAAAUUUAUAAUGACGUAGAAAGUCUCCAGAAAAACACAAUGUACGUCACAAUUUGAUGCAAAAUUAAAUCGCCUUUUGUGGCUGAAUCAUAGAUUAUAGAUUUUAAAGAAUAAUAAUAAAAAAAGACCAUAAUAUGGGUCUUUCUACCAGUAAAAAGAAGAAGUUGCAUCAUACAAAUACAAAUGAUGAUUUACCUGAAGUGACCGAAAGUAAAGAGGAUAAUAAUUCUAAAUUAUCAACAAGUCAGACCUUUUUCAAGUGGGAUAUUAAUAGCUGCUCAAAAAAUUUGGUUAUAAGUGAUGAUUUUUCUACAAUCAGUAAACCAUUUAAAACAGGAACAAUCGACUCUGUCCGAAGUAAAUUUGGAUAUAAUUCAGGUCGUCACGUCUACAGAGUAAAUUGGCCAAUUGAUCGACGAGGAGAAGAUAUUGCUGUAAUAGGAUUCUCCACCAAACACCUACCUCUUCAAUCUGUUUGUGGAAGUAGUGAAAAAUCAUUCGGCUUGAAUUUAAUAGACAAUUCGAUAAUAUUUAAUAAUGCUAAAACGAAUACAAACGCCGAUGAGGAAGUACCCGAUACCUUUAUUGUCAUUUUAGAUCUAAUCGAUGAUUGGUGGAUUAUCAAGAUGGAUAAUAAAUAUAUUAAAAUUUCAUUAAAAGAAUUGAAAAAUGUUAUUGAAAAGGAGAAUAAUAAAUUAUAUUUAACAACUAGUAUGACGAAAGAUGGUGGAAGAGUAAAUGUUAACAUUGACUGGAGAAAUCCAUCUAUUCUAUUAGAAGAUGACUCACCGCACAUACUAGAUUCAAUAUCAAUGAAAUACGUCUUUGAUGUUUCAAUUCAAGAAUCUUGGCUAACAUCAAAAAGUAUUUUAAAGCAACUGAUCUUAAACGAUGGAGAUAAGAUUAAAUCUAUAAUUAUCCAAAGUAUUAAUCUCUUUAAGCUUUAUCCAAAUAUGCUUGAAUCAUCAAUUGCAAUCUAUAGUGCCGACGAUAGUAUUAAAAUAAUAUUAAGGUAUUACGAAUUAUUGUCAAGGAAUUUGGAAGAUGAAAAAGUACAUGCAUGCUUCAAAUGGAUGACAGUCUUCCUAUUUUUUCUUACAAAUACAAAUUCAACUAAUAGCUUUUUAGCGGAAGAGAAUGGAAUAUUGAAAAUAAUUGGAAAAGUUCUUAAAAUGUUUCAGAAUAAAAAAAAUCCAAAGCCAUUUUUAUUAAUCAAGCUAUUAUUAAAUUUAUCCAAACCUAUACAAAUGAGAGAAAAGAUAAGGCAAAGCAGAGUUUAUGAUAUAAUUUCGUGGUUUAGCGAUAACGACGACGUCGAAUCCUAUAAAAUGUAUGCAACAAUGAUAAAAGCAAGAGUAAUGAAUAGUACCGAAAGAAGUCACUGGAAUAUAGAUGAAACAAUUUUACAAAGUUUAACUAUAUCAAUAAAACUUCGAGACGAGAAUGGUAAUAUCGACUUUAAAGAGAUGACUCUCAAUUUAUACGAAGUUUUAGAUUGUAUCAGUCUGAUUUGCGAAAAUUCGGAUAAUGGAAAAUACUUUCUUCGUAACGGGGUCACGUACGAACUAAUUGAUAUUAUAAGUAUUCAAUCAACUCAUACUUUAACAGCUGAAAAAGCUGUUCAUUGCUUAAAUCAGCUAUUUAAUCAAAUAAAGAAAAGAUUAGAAAAUGGUAAUCUAUCCGAUAUAGAUGAUAUUGCAUUUCUGUUCAAAUCCGAUAGAUUAAAUAUGAUUCUUCAUAACUUACUUGGAAAAAGCAGCGAUGUUGACCUACAUAAACAAAUAAAAACGUGUUUGAUAGAAAUUCAAGAUAUCGCAAAAAUUUGCUCAAAUCACAAUUGCUUUUAUAAGAAUUUAUGCAGAAAAUUCAUAAUCAAUAACUUGAAAAUAAACGAUGCUUUCUUAGAGCCUGCCUAUGACAUGUGCUACUGUAAAUUCUGCUUUACAUUAAGAGGUGAUAAGGAAUACUACGCUCGAGGAUAUCCAGAAUCUACAUAUGCGUUACCUAUAGGAUGGUAUAGAAUUGGAUUGAAGUUACCACCUCGGGCAAAAGUUGAAAAUGCUUUUGAGAAAUGGCAUAGAGCAUUUCAUGGAACCAGAGUUGAGAAUAUACUUAAAAUAUUACAGCACGGUGAUCUGUUAAUGCCCGGAGAUAUUACCGCCGAAGGGCAACAGUUGAAAGAAUUAGAUGGACAUUUUAAUCUUGAUUAUAAACCUGAAGGAUUCGAUACACGUCAAGUUUUUGUUUCUCCAACCAUUCGUUAUGCUGGUCUUAACGUUUAUUCAUAUAAGCAAAAAUGGAAAGACUUCAAUGUAAAAGUAGCAUUUCAAGUAUUAAUUAAACCAGGUACGUAUAAAAUUGGUAAAGAAACAAUUGGAACAAGCGAAAGAAUCGAUCAAAGAAUAUCUAACGAUGAAAUUGAAUGGUCAACAAAAAGGAGAGGAGUAAUAAUACCAUACGGACUUUUAAUUAAAGUUACAAAAGAGAAUUUAUCAUAAAAAGAACAGUUAUUAUUCUUUUAAUAUAUAAUUGUUUUUAUAAAUAGAUAGUAAAAGCUGGUUUUUUUAUAUUUGAUUAACGUUUUACCUGAUUUAUCUUCGUUUAAUUGUUAUUAAAUGAAUAAAAAAUGCUUUAAUUAUAAUUUACGAUAUUUGAAAUAAUCCAUGAUUAAAGACCUUUAGCGGAUACAUUUAUGUAUUCCAUAGUAACUUGACUUUCAUUAGGCAUGCAGCCGGAUGCAAAGUUAACUUUUUGAUGAAUUUUUAUUCCAAGAUUUUCUAAGCACACUCUAUGACAUUUAUCAUUGGCGAUAAAAGAUAAAUAUCAUCCUUUAGUCAAAUCUAGAAUCAUGUAAAAAUCCUCAUUGACUAAUCCAAU